AGGAGGGGCGCAGCAGACGCCGAGCAAGGAACGCGCGUCGGUGAAACAGGCGCGCCCCUGCGGACAUCGGGCCGGCUUGGACGGCCUCCUGCGGGCGGGCUCCCCCGCGUCCGAAGCGCCUGCCGCGGGGCCUGCCCCUCCUCCUCCCGGGAUCCCGGUAUGGACGCACCGGGGACCGGGCAGCAGCUAGAAGCCGGCGCGGCGGGGCCAGGAUCCGAGUCCAUCGCCGCCGAGGAGAUCGAUCUGUCCCUGGAUGACAUCAUAAAGCGUAACAAGAAAGGACAGACCAGCACAAGAGGGAACAGAUGGAGGCAGCCACUCAAGAACUGGAAUCCACCCUACGGCAACAGAACACCUAGAUUCCGGAGCUGGGUACCACGAAAUCUGCAAGGACCCAACAGGUUUCGAGGAGGAUUUCACAAGCAGCAGUAUUACAGGAAACGCUUCUGGACCAAUCCCAGGCGGAGAGCAGCCACUGGGCCAAACGGCAUCAGCCCACUAAAUCGGCCAGCCUCGGCUCAGCAGGGCAAGCAAGAAGGUGUCGCCACAGUUGGCAACAGUGAUGGAGCAGCAGUGGGGCCACGGCAACAGAUGCCCAAGAGGGUCAAGGGGUUCAGAAUGCCAGGAGCUGCUCCGCCCACCCAAAGCAACCGGCCUUUCCGACUAAACCGAAGACCAGCUUUCUUCCAGAGGCAGUCCAGAUUCAACUUUAGCGAAGGGCAAUCUAAGUCGAAUGCGAAAGGAAAGCCAGUGAGGAUGAGAAGGUGGCAGGCACAACCCAGCUCCGGAGGAGUCCUGACCGUUUCUGUGUCUAAUCCCCAAGCAAGUCAAACGAACAUGCCAGGAGCCAAGCGCCCCUUCCUGAGAGGGAGAAGAACCCCACAAAAGAUGACCCUUCGCCAGCCCAAAGGAGUGCCCCUGAGAUUCAACUUCCGGGCCAUGGCUAACCAGACGAGCUUGACGUUGAAUGAGAGGUUCUCUGGGCUGAGGAACAAACGCCAUUUUACAGCAAUACAAAACACAGGCCGCAUGGUCACUCUGCCCUGAUGUUUGGUGGAAUGAGCCCAGCUCUGAAAAGGAGCAGGCCCUGAACCGGACUGAUCUUCUGCCUUUAGCUGGGUGGUGGCAUGGAAUCACUGAGACACAAAGUGAAAUCCCCCAUCUGACCUUGCACCAAAGAGAUUUCAGUCCAUGCUUAGGACAGAGCUGUGGCCAACAGCUCUGGCUCCCUUCUCCAAGCCUCCCUGCUGCAGACUUCCUCCUGCUGUGACCUACAGGAAAACCUUGUGUUUUGAUCUGUGAAGUCUUGAGGUGUGAUUCAGUAUGGCCCCUUGCCACGUCGUUGGGAGAGCCACAUGGUGAAGAUCUCCUAGGAGAACUCUUGUACACAUACACACAGAGCGAGAGAAAGAGGCAUGAUCAAGCAUCCGUGUGUCCUGGUGCCUUUGGAGUGUCAUGCCUCUCAACAAGAAGCAGGCAUUGCAGCCGAGUGCCUUAUUGUAUGUCUAGUGCAGGGGUAGGGAACCUGGUGCCCUCCAGGUGCUGCUGGACUCCAACAGCCAUCAGCCCUAGCCAGCAUGGGCACCCAUCAGGGAUGAUGGGAGCGGAAGUCCAGCAGCGUCUGGAGGGCCAUGAGCUCCCCUUCCCUGCUCUAGUGAAUUUGAGAUUCUGUAUUUUCUCUUUUUGCCUUGAAAGCACUUUUGAAGAUUUGUUUUGAGGAUUUGGUUGUGACAAGCAGUAGCACACUGAAUAAAACCACUUUUAGAAGCUGAAA